CAGCCGGCGGUGUCACUCAACAACCGUGGAGACUUCAAAUCACUCAAAACAUACCUCACACUGCUGAAUAGGGCUUAUUUUAGAGAAAACUUGUCAGAGAAAUUGUUCAGCAGUACUUUCGAUGAUCAGCCAUGGAUGAAGAUGACAGCCAAGAUGAGCUGAUCAACCGCAGUGCGUCCCACAGCAAAGGAAAAAGGGCUGCGUUGUGGGCAAUCUCAGAUGACUCAGACGAUGUUGAAGAGGAGUCUGAGGAGGGACAGUCUGACAGUGGUGAGGAAGAAGAGGAGGAUCACGUAGAUGGAGAUGAUGAUGAGGAGGAGGAGGAGGAGGAAGAAGGGAAUGAAGAUGAUGAUGAGGAAGACGAGGAGGAUACUAAACCUGAGGUUGGUGCUUUCGGGGGGACCUCUGCCGACCUUGCAGGGAUGAGCUCGGAUGAGGACUCAGAGAAGUGUCCCAUCUGCCUUAACUCAUUCAACAUCCAGCCUGUUGCAACACCAGAGAACUGUGAGCACUACUUCUGUCUCGACUGCAUCCUUGAAUGGGCCAAGAAUGCAAACUCAUGUCCUGUGGACCGAAUUGCCUUCAACAACAUAUAUCUAAGGAAAUGUUAUGGAGGCAAAGUGAAGAAAAUGAUCACAGUACAAAAGCCUGUGAAGGAAGGUCAAGAGGAAACCGUAGAUUUGGACCUGGAACAGACCAGUUGUGAGGUUUGUGGGGGCAGUGACCGUGAGGACCGCCUCUUACUCUGCGAUGGCUGUGAUUCUGGGUAUCACAUGGAAUGUCUCACACCACCUCUUGACUCUGUUCCUGUAGAAGAGUGGUUCUGCCCUGAAUGUCAAGCCAACAAUCGUCACUCAAGGGGUUCAGCCGAGGAGCUUAGUUAUGCAGAAAGCCUGCCUUCUACUGCCCGUCCUGCCACCAGCCGGCCCCAGCCUCGUUCCACAGGUCCUACCAGAGCAAUCGCCCGAACUCAGCAGAGUGAGAGGGUUCGGGCUAAUGUCAACCGACAUCGCAUCACACAGGCACGCUCGUCACAGUUGGCUCCCACAUAUCUGAUACAGUCCACAUGGUUGGAUGAGACCAUCAAUGCUGUGGUGGCUGGUCUCAACACAUCUGUGUAUAUAAGGGACUACACACCCCGUUUCCCAUCUAGACGCAAGCGCAAGACUGGAAAGCGCAGAAAGGUCAAAAGCAAGAAGAGAUCCUCUGCUAAGAGUAAAACAAGUAAAUCUGGAAGUACAGGAGUCAGGAGGAGGAAACGGAAAGUGAGGAAGACUAAAUCCAGAAAAAAGCUGAUUAUGAAAAAGGCAGCCAGUCCUCGGAGCCGCAUUGCCACCAAUCUUGGAAUUGUAAAGAACAAGAAGAGCUCAUCGCUUCCUACAGUAUACCGACCCUCAGAGCACACGCUAAGUAGUAUGCGUGCUGACAUAGGCGCUGCAUCCCUCUCUAUCUAUGGAGAUCCGUUCGACCUGGAUCCAUUUGUGGAUCGAGAGGAGGACGAGCAGCAGGCCCACGUUACGUCGCUGUUGGAGGCCAAGAGACGAGGGAUCUCUCGCUCUGCUCUUCGCUCUCACCAGCCUGUAGCUCGACCAGUCACUGCAAGCCUUUCCAGGAGGACUAUGGAUGUCCCUCAGUCAGGGGGAGUUGUGGAGGCAGCUCCUGUGCCUGACCUGCUUGGCAGUAUCCUAUCAGGGCAGAGCAUGCUCUUGAUGGACAGCUCUGAUGUCGUCAUAAAUCGGGAUGGGUCUCUUAAAGCUACAAAGCCAUCAGUGAUGCCAAGUAGCAGCAAAAGCAGUAACUCAGGAGAUGCCAGCACCCAGAUGUUGCCCAUCCCAGGAGACAGUUGCCUUUCAAUCCACAACAACGGAGACCUACCAGGAUCCUCCCAUAGCUCCACGAACAGACCUUUACCCCAGAGUUCUGCUCGCUUACCUCCCUUUACACCCUCUUCAACCACCCACAGCCAGCCACCUCCACAUUCUGACUUGCCACCCAGAGGUCAUCCAAGUUUGCAGCCAUCUCGUCUAAACAGACCCACCCCCCCUCUUGGUCACCGGGCAACCAAUGGACUUGGAGUCUCUAGGGAAACCACCUCCUCAUCCAUCCACCCUGCUCCAGAUUCCAGCUCCAAGAGCAAGGGAAUGGCUCCAUCACAGUCACAACCUAAAAAAACACAAACUACAAAGCCCAUGUGGGUAGACGUAUCGGUGCUUCCUCGGAUACCAAAAUUAAAAAGGGACAGUAGCAGUAACACAAUUGACAGCAUGAGUCAAGGUGGCAUUAAUAGAAUUAGUAGUAGUAAUAGUAGGGGAAGCAGUAGUAAUGGUUACAGCAUGCCUGAAACAGGCAUGAACAGCCUUGCUGGGGACAAGAGCAGGCAGCAAAGCGUAGACCAGCAAAAGGGCAGGGCUGACGGUCAGGCCCAGAGGCAUAGACCUGACGGAGCAGGCUCAUCAUCGGCCUUCUCCAACUCUUUUUCCUCUUCCUCCUCCUCCUCUGGCUCACCUGCUAGCCAGCCACGUUAUUCUUCGUCUUCAUCUUCCUCGUCUUUAUCUUCAGUGAGCUUCCGCAUCAACUCCAGUGGGAACUCCUGGCAAUCGAGGCGGCUAAGCAUCCCAUCAUCCUCUGCUAGUGGAGGGGGCACGCAGGAACACCGGAAAGAAAAGGAAGAUGAAGCAAGAAAGAGACAGAUGCACAGGGAUAAACAGAUGCUGCUAGCAGCGCGGAAUAAGGAACAAGACAGUAAUAAUGUCUAUGAUCCCUUUAAUCCUACUCUGUCGGACUCAAGCAGCUCAGAUGGCGAAGCUGAGAGCUCAAGCCUGGAGAUCAGCUCCCGACGUGCCACACAUGAGGGGAGGGCUCCCAGUUUAGGAAACAAGGAUGAUUUAGUGCAAAACAAGCACAACCUGGUUCGUGUGAAAACUGAAACACAGGAGACUGAGGUCUCACAGGAAGAAGCAAGGAGAGCUGGUGCUCAGGAAACCAUAUCACAGGAGGUCAGGAGCUCUCGAAAAUGUAUCAAGGUUGAAAAAGAAUCAAGAUUAGUAGACAUUAAGGUUGAGACACAAACAUUUUUACUUGACACUAAAAUUAAGAAAGAGCCUGGGUUAUAUGAAGCUGAAAGGUGUGGACACAGUGUAAAAAUGCAUUUGAAGUCAGAGACGACAGACACCGCACCACAAGCUCACCACAGCCUGGAUUUUUUAAAGACUGAGAACGAGUCUCAAGAGGAGGUGAGUGAACAGAGUGAGGGAACUCCCAGCAGUGCUCCCCCUAACUGUAAGAGCGAUUCAUCAGCAUCUAGCUCUGUUCCCACCAAGAAGAAACAAAAGGCAGAAUCAAAAUCAGAUUCCACAUCCAAGUCCCCAUCUAGAGAUUUGAGCCACAAGAAGAAAACCUCCAAAGCAUCAAAGGAGAGGCGUUCUAGCAGUUCAGAGACUGACAGAGGCAGGAGAGGGGACCAUCAUGCCUCUGGCCAGGGAGGCAGGCAGAAAGAGAGAGAGAUGGACGGAGAAAGGGGUUCCAGGCAGUCAAGGUCCAGAGAGAGGAGGAGAGCACGCUCAACCUCAGAAAGCUCUCAGUCCGAUUCCCCUGAUAGGACUUCCAGAAAGAGACAGCGAUCACGGUCUCGAUCCAAAGAAAAGAGACUGUCUAGGUCGGAUUCCAGCUCCAGCAGCAGAGAGUGCUCAAGGAGGAAGAAGCAUAAGCAAAAGAGCAAGGAGAAAAUGGAUGACAGAGAGAGAGACCGUGAGAAAGGACACAUGUCAAAGGACAAGAGACAUGGUUGGUCUCGAUCAAAAUCACGGUCCAGAUCCAGGGAAAGGAGGAAAGAUCACACACGUCUGCAGCAACCAGCUCUCUCCUCCCGAGACAAUGUCGGGUCAGGAUCAAAAGUCAAGAGGAGACACAGGUCUAGAUCGAGCUCAAGAGAGAGGAGGAAAGAAGAAGGGUCAUCAUCCAGGAGUUCACAGAACACUUCAGGGUCCUGUGUUUCAUCCUCUAAAGACACAAAGCAGUUACAGGACAAGAAAAAAGAGAAGGAUACCAUCAAAAGCUCCAUCAAAGAGGAAAAGAUUGCUAAAGGGAUUAAAAAGGAGUUGCCCUCCUGUACCUCCACCUCUAAAGUGAAAACAGAAGGCAAAGACCUCAAGGUCACAACAACAGAAAUGACAGAAGAGAUGAAGGUUGUAAAAGAAAUAAAGAAAGAAAAAAAACCAUCUCUUGAUAUGUUUGAAGAUUUUUCUGUCACUAAAUCAGUUAAGAAAGAAGAAAUGGACAACCCUUGUUUGACGGAAACUAAAGUAAAAGGUGAUCAGGGAAUUAAACAAGAAUGCAUCAAGACUGAAAUUUGCGAAAUCAAGACUGAGAGUUGUGAAAUCACCACAGUUAAAUCAGAGCCAGUUAAAUCAGAGCCAGGUUCCCCAGAGCUGUGCCACUCACCCCCUUUCACCUCAUUUCCUACAUUAACAACACCUGUUAAAGCAGACAGUCACCAGGAUGAGGUCUCUCAGUCUCACACAGCAUUAAUGGCCUCGGGAGAGCAACCAAACACAGCAGGGUUGACUGUCCCUGGAAAGCAGGAAGUUCAGCAACCCUCAGACUCUGAUGAGGACUUGAGUGUUGAUGAACACCUGGACUAUAUUAAGUCUGAGUGCACAGAGGAAAGUGGCACGUCUGCCAAACAGGAGAAGGAAGUAGAGGAGGGGAAGGAUGAAGGAGAGCAGGUAUUGGCUGUAGCCGGCACCAAAUCCAAGACUCCAGUAAAGAGGGUUACCUGGAAUAUACAGGAGCCUGAAGGACCUCAACCGGGAAAAUCCUCAAGCAAGCUGGCUCUGUAUAAGCUGAAGCUGAAGCAGGAAGGAGCUCGACGACCCUCUUCAAUAUCCAGCCAGGACGUCACAGGAGCUGUCAGCGACUCCUCCAAGAAAGGUCCGCUCAGUACUAACUCUAGAUCUGAUGGCCUACAUCCAGAUGGGACAUCAAAGACUGGACAAGGAGAGACAGAGGAAGGGGAUUUGUCGAGGAAAGACAAGUAUUUGAAAAAGCUGCACAUGCAGGAGAGAGCAAUAGAGGAAGUGAAGCUAGCUAUCAAACCUUUCUACCAGAGGAGAGACAUCAACAAGGAUGAAUACAAAGAGAUUCUACGCAAAGCUGUCCAGAAGGUGUGCCACAGCAAGAGCGGUGAGAUCAACCCAGUGAAGGUGGGCAAUCUGGUCAAGGCGUAUGUGGACAAAUACAAACAUGCUAGGAAACACAAGAAAGGAGAGGACUUAGGGAAGGCCCCGGAUGUACAGACCGAGGCCAUGAAAACCCUCUGACAGCCCAUGAGGAGUUGUGAAAUACAGGCAAGAACAACCACACCCACCACAAAUAUAUAUCAUUCAUAUGUUAAACUUUGACUUAGUCUGUGAUCUACCAUUGGAUGUGAUCUCCAACUCUCUGAGUAGCCAAUCUAAAGCGUUCACUGAGAUCUGCUCACAACCUCAAGAUGAAAUAUUUUCUACACUGUUGAGCUUUCCAUCUUAAUGGAACUUUUGAGGACAAAAGUUUUUUUUGUCUUUGAUCACUUGAAAAGCACCUGUUGGUGUCUUGUGCUUGGACUGUCACUGCCAAGAACUGGUCUUUUUCAUGUAGUACAGCUCAGAAACUUAAUGGGAGACUCUGAGGUUGUGUCUUAAAGAAGCAAAUCUUGAAGACCGUCCCAUGGAGUGAUAAAUCAGGUAGCUUUCUCCACAGGCAUAUCACGGGGGAAGGUUCAGCGUGGGCUUAGAGUUUUCUAUGGCUUUUUUUGUUUUGUGGGACAGCGGGGGUAUUUAUCAGUGGCAAAACACAUUUUGUUUAACAAGUGGUAUAAAAGUAUGCUAAAAAUGCAUAUUUAAAACGUCACAUUAAGAAAAAAACACUGUUAUGCAAUUUUUGUAGAAAAUUUAUCAGUAGAGUAAUUAAACAGUUUUAGAUUUGAUUGUAAAUAAUAUAGAUUUGAUAUAUCCACUUAUUUCUUCCUUUCAUCUUUGUUUCUUGUUGCGGAGCACUGACAUAAAUGGUUCUUGUUUAUAGAAUUGAUUGUUUUUUGGUUUUGUAUUUAAAAGCCUCUGUUAUCUGUCUUCCACAUCUCUAAUAUUCAUGUUUAAUGAGCUAAAUCUUGUCCAGUGUGCUACAGGUGAAUAGUGGCUCAGUAGUUUGAAAUGAACGAUGAAAUGAACACUCAUAAGUCUCACUCUUCUCAAAUAACCAUCUCUUCUCUUAAGGCACACUUGAUUUCUUAUGUUCUGAGAAAUUCUUUGAGUUUCAUCAUUAUUCUUUUUUUUCAACCCAUGACUGAAAUGUAGAAAACCAGGCUUUAGAGAACCAGGGAGUAUUUUGUUUUUGUGCCAAACCAGUAAAAAUAAUAAUAAUAAUAAAAAAAUGCACCUUUUCGCUGAAUAAGUGCGAUUUAAUUUGUCUUUGGGCAUUCUGUUUUUUUAACAAUGGGGGACUACAAUAUCACAGUUGGUAAUAUAGAUUUUACUGUGGAGUGAAAAGGAUUAGAAUACUUCAGAUUUAAUGUCUAGAUGGCCGACCAACCCCCUUUAUCUUGCAAAAAAUGUUAGUGUUGAGAUUUUGUCACUGUCCAACCAGGUGCUCUCAUGUCAACAAACAUUUUCACUGCAAAGAUUUUUUUUUUCUUUUUGGAUUUAAUGUUUAUUAAUACAUAGUAAGCUAAUUUUACUGGCAUAAUUUUAUGGUUUUGUGAGAUCCGUUUAUAGAUAGUCUGUAUAUUAGAAAAAUAACAGAACAUCUUAUAAACCACCACAUUUUCCAAUGUAGACAGAGUAAAGUAAAUAUAUACCUUUAUUAGGCAACAUUAAAAUAAUUUAAGUGUCUUCAGUGUUUGAGUACAGGCUCAUUAUGACUGCUUUGUCAGUGUGUUUUUAGUCUGAAUCCCAUUCUGGUAGAUAUCCUUUGCUAGUCUGAAUUAAUUUCUUUAACAAAACGUUCAUAAAAAACUUUUUUCUGCUUGUUCAACAGUUUGCUUGUCUAUACAGGUGGGUGGUUGGACUUUAAUUCGGCUUUAUAAACCCAGGGACUAGACAAAUCCAAACAACAAAAAAAAAGCAGGUGCUCAUGUUUAUCUGAAUGUAUUUUCUUUUCUGCAUUUACUUGAUCAAACACACCAGGUGUUUCUAGGAGGGAACACAAUAAUAAAUCACUGAUGAUAAAUAGG